AUGCAGGCGCAAUGCUCAGGCUCCACCUACGCCCUUUUCAUCGCCAAGGCCGCCUCAUUCCCGACUACCAACUGCUACUGCACCUCCAGCGACAUAUCUGCCAUCAACUACCUGUCCUUCAGCACGACUGCAACCACCUGUGCCCCUAUCGCACAAGCUGCAGUCUAUCGCACCGACACCACCUUCACGUAUCAAGGUUGCGCUGCUGGGGCCGCCUUGAACAUUCUUGGGGCCACAGCCACUGCGGUCUCGGCCCCCGCGCAGUGCCUGUCUCUCUGUGCCUCCUACCGCAACGCAUUCUUCAGUCCUCUUGGUGUGACCUACCAGUGUGUCUGUGGAGACCCGACGCUCAGCAUCUCCUUUGUGGCGUGUACGAGCGGGCUAUACUAUGUCUACACCCAUCCGGCUGAUGCGGCCGCCAGUGGGCUGGCCAGAAGGAAGAGGCAUCUCGAGGUAGAGGAGAGGAUGAAGAGGUCGCAGAUGAUCAGGGAACGAGGUUGGGACUGUCCGAAGGGUAUGCAAGCGUGUAACGUCAAGGGUGCUGCAGACACCUGGGAGUGCAUCGACCCCAAGUCAGACCUCGAGACCUGCGGCGGUUGUGCUUACGGCGACUACAUCAAAGGUCUGAACAACACCCCCUCUAGCGGCAUGGACUGCAGCACCCUCCCCGGCGUCUAUCGAGGUUCUGUUACUUGCUCUGACGGUAGAUGCGUGGCAUACGCUUGCAAGCGGGGCUGGACUCUUGAGGGCGGUAUCUGUAUGAAGAGCCUGACGGUGCAGCCGUAG